AUGGAUUACAAAAGCGAGCAAGCAACGGAAAAGGAAAGUUUAUCGUUGCUAUAUGAAUAUACUAACGAAUUUAUUAAUAUUAAUGAUAAUAGCUUUAAAAUACUUAUUGACAAUAAAAAUAAAAAGCAAUCCUUUUACAUACAAUUUGAAUAUACAGAAACCUAUCCCAAUGAAGCUCCUAUAUAUAAAAUCGUCGAUGGAAAAAACAUAUCUGAGACUUUAAAAGCGAAUAUAGAGCAACAAAUUAAAGAGACCAUUGAAAAUAAUUUGGGAUAUACCAUGAUUUAUAAUAUAGUCGAAAACAUAAGGACAUACAUUUUGGAAGAGGUAGAAGAAAAAUCCAUGUACGAUGAAAUGGUUGAGAGGCAACUUAAGUCAAAUGAAAUUGAUAUAAACAAAGAGAUUGAUGAAACAACAAAUGAAAUUACCAACGAAAAUGUUUUGGAAGUAAAGGAAUGUUGUGAAGAAAAGUAUCGAGUAACCGAAGAAGAAUUCAAUGCAUGGAGAAAGGAGUUUUAUAAAGACUAUUUACCCGAAAAUAAAAAUAUUAAUAAUGCGGAUAACCCUACAGGGAAAGAACUUUUUGAGAAAGGCAAACUUGAUUUAACUGAAGCAGAUUCUGAAGAUGGUGAAGCAAAAUGGUGUAACGAAGAAUUAUUUUGUGAAAUCGAUUUAGAUAUUUAA